AUGUUCACCUCCCGUCGUCGAGCCAGCACCCUCGUCGCGCCGCCCCUCCUCGUCCCUCCUGUCCCAUCGCCGCUCCCCCCCCUCAUUUCGUCGCGCCUCCCCUCUCCUCUUCGCGCCUCCCCUCUCCUCUUCGCGCCUCCACUCCCUUCGUCGUGCCUCUGCUCCCCUCUUCGUGCCUCCGCUCCCCUCUUCGUGCCUCCGCUCCCCUUGUCGUGCCUCCGCUCCCCUCGUUGUGCCUCCGCUCCCCUCGUCGUGCCUCCUCUCCCCUCGUCGUGCCUCCACUCCCCUCGUAGUGCCUCCGCUCCUUUCUUCGCGCCUCCCCGCUGUGAGCGAAAUCUUAAAGAACUAUCCCCCACAUCCCCUCUCCCCCAUUUUGUUGCUCAUCCCUCCAAAGGCGGUUUCCCCUCAUCCCCCCCCCCCCCCCCUUCUCCUUCCCCUCAUUCCCCCCCUUCCUUCCCCUCAGUUCCCCCCCUUCUUCCCCUCAUCCCCCCUCCUGCUUCCCCACAUUUGCCCCCCUGCUUCCCCUCAUUUCUCCCCCUGCGCCUCUCAUUUGAACCUCUUCGUCCCCUCAAUUCCCACCCUGCGUUCCCUCAUUUCCCCCCUUGCUUUCCCCCCGUGAUUCCCCUGGUUUCCCCCCUGCUUCCCCUCAUUUCCCCCCCUUCUUCUCAUCAUUUCCCCGCUGCUUUCCCUCAUUUCCCCCCCGGCUUCCCCUCGUUUUUCCCUCUGCUUCCCCUCAUUUCCCCCCCUGCUUCCCCUCAUUUCCCGGCCUGUUGCCCCUCAUGUACCCCACUCUGUCACCUCAUUUUUUCCCCUGCUUUCCUUCCCUGCUUCCCUUCGUCCCCGCCGCUGCUUCCCAUCGUUUCCCCCCCUGCUUCCUCUCAUUCUCCACCCGUUCUACGCCUAGUUUUCGCUUGCUUCCUAUCAUUUCACCCCCUUUUCUUCCCCUCAUUUCCCCCCUACUUCCCCUCACUUCCCCCCUACUUCCCCUCAUUUCCCUCCUACUUCCCCUCAUUUCCCCCCUACUUCCCUUCAUUUCGCCCCUACUUCCCCUCAUUUCCCCCCUGCUUCCCCUCAUUUCCCCCCUGCUUCCCCUCAUAUUCCUAA